AAGGGGGGAAAACUCCGAAUGAUAAGACUCGUCUUUAAGAACUAUUUUUUCUUGAUAGUUGAUGAAAGGGGGAUAACUAUUGUAAAGUUAUACUCUCCCGACACUUGUGUUCAAAGUAAAUAAAUUAUGUAGGUACGAGUGUGUAGCUCCAACGUACAAGAUUGUGUAGGCCUAGCUUGUUAACAUUGUUAGGCCAGCAUGGAAGACUCUGUCUGGCCUAGCCUACCCUCUGUCUGGCCUAGCUUAAUGAACUCUGUUGGCCCAGCAUGCAAGACUCUGUGUGGCCUAGCUUAAUGAACUCUGUUGGCCCAGCAUUACAUAUUUCUGAUACUUAAGCGUAACGGAGUGUGUUAAGGAUUUAAUUGUGUUGGAUUUCUUUGGAAACUUUUAUCUACAAAUGUGUGAUUCUAGAAGGAAUGUACGAAGACAGCAAAGCCAAGGCCCAUCACUCCGAGAGAACGUCUUAUCUCUCAUGGCAGGCGAGAGUCACGUGUCAUGAAAGCGUCUUCAGCGGUUGUCUUGGCAACGAAACAUGGCACAACUAGGCCCUUGUGCUAAAUAUGGAAACAUGCGUUGACCUACUGCUGCUCAUCUUAGGUUGCUUUCUUAUGCCGUUGUGUCGGUGUGACCACAUUCCAUUUUGUCCAGUCGUUUUAGAGGGCCAGCCAUUCUCAUGGUCUUGCAAUGUACCCAGUGAUACCAAGUUCGUCAUCUGGAAUCUAAAUUCUUCAGGCCAAGUGAAAGCGAUCAGCCGAUGUAGUGUGGUCGCGAACAGAGAUUGUGAGACAGAUCUGUACGGAUGGGCGAUACAAAAUCAAUUCCACGACGGGUCCUAUACCAGCACCAUCUCCCUUAACCGAACCACUCUGGAUCAUCGAGACAGCCAGCUUACCUGCAGUUCCUGGGACGCCUCCAGCGAUCGAACUUCGCUACUAGAAAGCUGCAAGAUGGCCGUGCACAUAAAGGGCGAUACCGAAAAUUGUACCGUCUCUCUCCGACCGGAUGAUGGCAUCGAUCUCAGCUGCAUCAGCACCAAUGUCUACCCGGGAGUAGUGUGUCAGUACAUUGAACGCGUCAACUCCAGUUUUAACAGAUUAGGCCUGAUGACGAGGAAAACCAGAAAGAUUGUCGACCUCUCCAGGCAUCUCUACGAAGACGUAUGCAGCCUUGUGGUAUACCAUACGAGACCAGGUGUCUAUUUGUAUGACUUUGCUUUUCAACCGGAUUUCCCCACUUGUAUCAAUUGUGUUUACAAGGUUCACAGCACAAGUGGUCCGUUCUCCGUACAGCUUAAACCUGUCGUCACUGUCAACCAGUCCAAGGCUACUCUGUGCCACAGUAAGUCUCAGGUGAAAUUCACGUGUCAGGUCACCUGGAUGGAGACAGCCCCUAAAUUUAGUCUGUUUCUAAACAAUGAAGAACUUAAGGGGUUGACUUUGGAGAAGGUUAAAUACGGGAAUGACUCCAAUUCGUAUUCAACCUUCUCGGCAAGCGUCAGUUUUGAAGUCACCAAAGAGCUCCACAGGUCUCUCAUGCUCUGUAAUGUGUCUUACCUGAACCAGAAUGACACUGUGCCGGUUGAAAAAAGGAAUGUGUCUCUCUCCGACACCAAGUACCUUGUUCUGACUUGGCCCCCGCCUACGCCACCGAGUUUCUCUCGGGGGGAUUUCAAGCUAAGCAAGAGUUUAGACAUUAAAAAGGGCGACAACGCCACGAUUGUUUGCUCCGCACAAGGCGGGGAGCCCCUUGUGGAGUCCAUUAGUGUUGUCUGUAAGCACGGGGAAGUCAUCUUCCUCACUAAUACUACCAGCCCCAAUAAGGUCUCGGUGACAAUCUACGGAAAUAGCACCUUCAAUAACAGCAAGUGCAUAUGCACUGCACACCACCAGCUGCAGCACUGCUAUAGCUCCGUCACUGAAAUUCAAAUAACAGUUAUUCCCCUUGGCAUCAGGACUAUUGAUUUAAAGGGGAAACUUGAAGACAAGAUAUAUUAUAUUGUCGCCAGCAUAGUGUUUUUGGUUAUGCUUCCAAUAGUCAUUUUCUUUAUCUGUAAAGUUUGCAGACUUAAAGACUCUGAAUACUAUGGUAAUUUUUACAGCAAUUCUUUUCGAGACAGGUUUCGUGCUUCCUUACGGCGUAGGGCUCCGCCCGCACCACCGCUCCCUCCGCCCCGAAUCCCUCCCAGGCCGGAUCUGAUACUUUCUUCUCCCCCGGUGGCUGACAGCUCCACCGUACACAACUCUAGUUCGAGUUCUGAAGUCUGGGUAAAUGACCCAAGUCUUGAGGUGGCUGAAGAUGGGCGCGUGUUGUUCAAGAAUGUUCGCAAGUCAAAAAAGACACCAAAGACUCAUUCUAAUUCGGCAGACGAUUCUGGCUACAUACCUAUGUAUCCUAGUAAAAACCCUAAGGCAGAUCGAAAUGUUGAAACUUCGUCCACGUCCGGAGCGACAUCCUGUUCGACAUCUUCGUCAAACUCCGGAACGAACGAUACAGAAUCUCGACUGCUUCUUCCAGGAGCGCGCAAACAGUCCUCAUCUAAACCUACGCUGAAUAGGGCGCCCUCAAGUGAGGACAGCCCCAACUUGGUCUCGCUUGGGUUUCAUCCUCCUACACCUCGCCCGUGUACGGCCAAGCGGCUUAAGCGAAACCACUACGUGGAGUGUCCCGCUGAAUGGGCUGACAAGAGGUUGACCGGUCUGUUUGAAUACACCAGCUCAUCCUCGGAGGACGGAAGUACUGACGUCACAGACGUAUAACAGGAAAUGAGGUUUUCUGCUAAAAACUUGCUCCUUCAAUUCUCAUACGAAAUUUAAAAAAAAUGGAAGAGAACUUUGUGCAGAAGUCGUACUAUUUAUAGCUGGCUAUAACACGUGACUGUGCACAUUUGGACGCCUAUGUCAUAAUCCUUAGAUGCAUUUAGUAUGUAAUACAUAAAUAAUCUGUAAAAUAUUUUUUUUUCUUAUGCAUACAAUCAGCUUUAUGCACGGCUCGUUUUGAAUAUGAGGUUAGAGUGCCUCGUUUUAAACUUGAGGCUAGAGUGCCUCGUUUUGAACAUGAGGUUACAGUGCCUCGUUUUGAACAUCAGGCUAGAGUGCCUUGUUUUGAACAUGAGGCUAGAGUGCCUCGUUUUGAACAUGGGAUCACAGUGCGCUACACAUAUAUGAGUAUAAAAUCUAGUCGCUUGCUUUUUACGAUAAAACAACUUUCAGAAAUUUGACUAUUUCCUUCUUCUGCAAGAAAUGAAAAGCAUUUCUUCCCGUUGACAAGGCAAAAUUUUGUUUAACGCUUAUCAAGUUAGGAUGUUAGCUAACAUGUUAUGUACGAAUGAAUUCCUUGUUCCAUAUGCUAGGACAAAUUUGUACUAACACUCCUUCUUCCCCAAUGCUUAACGAGCAUGGAACGGGUUGCCUGAGUCAGCUAGGAAUAUCAAUGACUUGGCAGAGUUUAAGUCAUUGAUUAACAUGCAUGACUAGAUUGACCUAGGAACACGCGUAGGACGUUAUCAACGUCUGUAUUUUAUAAGAUAAGAUAAUACAGUAGUGCCAGUGGGCUUCCAUGGGCUAAAUACGGUCCUAGCUUUAUUUGUUACAGCUAUUUCAAGGAUCCCCACAAUUUUGUUUACCUGCCCACUGGAAAAAGGUUUUAUAAACCACAUAUUCAUUAGUUCUGCUUCAUUUUGUUUAAAGUAAGAAAGUUUAAAGUAAGAAUGUCCUGCACAAAACAAUUAGGUUAAGAUGUAAUAAUAAUAGUAAUAGCUUUUAUAUUGUGCUAUUUUCAUGCUUAUAGCAUGCCCAGAACGCAAUGGUCUAAUCUCAUUUGUGGACCAGUGGGGCGAGGGGGUAUCUGGGAGAAGGUGCUGCCUUUGGUGUCGAGUGUCGGUCCUCGAGCCCCCUUCAUAGGUAGCCAAGCCAAGCGUGUUUAGCCCCUCUGCCACGUUUCCCACUGAUACAUUGAACAUUUUCAUACCCAGAAUCAAAUUCAUGAAUAACAAGCUUUUUGGUGCUUACGGUGUACAAAGUAAAAGCAUUUUUCAUAAGCCAUGAUAACUUGUGUGCACUUAUGAGCACUACAGAAUCAAGUUUUCUGAGCACUUCCUGUUGUACUUUAAUUUUAGUUCUCAGCAUUGAAGUUGAAUCUAGCGUCCUUGACAUUGUUAGGUUUAUCAUGAACAUCUCUCCAUUUAAUGUAGUAGAUAAUCUCGAAACCAAAUAGAUUUGAAUAGCAGAAACUUGUGACGUGAUAGGAAGUGACGUAAACAGUUGUCCGUAAAGAAGACAUAAAUUUGGCGCUAAAUGCAUGGCGUAUUGCCCCUUCUGAGAAAGUUGUUUGAUACAAGAGCCCUUUACUACAUAUUAGAAGUAGAUGAUUAAAUUCAAAGUUAAACGCAUUGAUACUAAAUCAUCAUACAACUACUAGUAUUUGUUUAUGCUUCCUUUAUUUGUUAUCAAAUGCAAGACAUUUUUGUUUAUUGCUUCUUUCAGUUAUGUUACUGAUUUUUUUAUUCAUAUUUAUGAAAUCGAUUUGAGAUCUAUAUCUAAAAGUAUUUAUUGACCACUAAACAUAACAUCUAUAUUUCCACAUUAGCUACAUCGUAAUUAAAGAAAUAUUUACUAUAACUCUUAAUGCUGAUGCUAUGUAGGAUGCAGAGCAGAAAAUAAGCUUAAGCAGAUACUACUGUGACCAAGUCGAUGGUUUUAGUGUAUAUUUUAAGGGGUGGUCAGGAAUGAGGUCAUUUGGCGUCUCAUAAGCAUGCUACAAUGGUUCAAAUAAUAGAGAUGCCUUGAAAUGCUCGAGUUCGGGGCUUCCGCAUAAUUAAUUCAUGAUUAAUGUAUACACAAUUAUUAAUAGAUUCUCUGAAACUUUUUUUUUUUUUGGGGUACAUUAAUUGUCGUAGAACAAAAAAUGUUGAGACAAUAGAUAAAAUCUUCUGUGCCUUUCGGCGCCUGGGGCGUCAAGUUGUCACCACAGUACAGUACACAGAGAUUGGUCAUCAGCCCGCCUUCAGACUUUCCCCAUCGAGUGUCCAUUAUUUGAUUAGGAUCUUCAAUGAAGAUGUUGUGCGGGGGGGGGGGGCGGCCAUGUUUUCGUCUCCCUCGUUUUGGGCUUCCAAGUUUCUGCUGUCUUUUGGGAAAUAUGUCUCAUCGCGUGUUAGGACGCGUCCUGAAGGACAUGCAGGACGUUGCUGUAAUGCAUAAGAGAGCCUAAAUAACUUGUCCUAGUGUUAAGACGUUUUACUGCUGAUCUUUUACUAAGAACCUUUUUUUUAGAAAUAUGUAAUGUCGCGAAAUAUGUUGACACUAUUGUACUAUCUAUAAUCUAUUUGUAAGAUGUUGAUUCUCUUGCAGUUUGUAUACAAAUAAACUACUUGAUGUUGAGAAAGACAGUAAAAUGAUAGAUAUAAUUUUUUUUUUAUUGACCAACUUUCCCUCAAUUUUCUAGUUCCACUCGGUCGUUGGACGUGACUCCAGUCGUUGGACGUGACUCAGUCGUUGGACGUGACUCAGGCUUUGGACGUGACUCAGUCGUUGGACGUGACUCAGGCAUUGGACGUGACUCAGGCGUUGGACGUGACUCAGUCGUUGGACGUGACUCAGGCAUUGGACGUGACUUAGGCGUUGGACGUGGCUCAGUCGUUGGACGUGUCUCAGGCGUUGGACGUGACUCAGGCGUUGGACGUGACUCAGUCGUUGGACGUGACUCAGGCGUUGGACGUGACUCAGGCUUUGGACGUGACUCAGUCGUUGGACGUGACUCAGGCAUUGGACGUGACUCAGGCGUUGGACGUGGCUCAGUCGUUGGACGUGACUCAGGCGUUGGACGUGACUCAGUCGUUGGACGUGACUCAGGCGUUGGACGUGACUCGGUCGUUGGACGUGACACAGUCAUUGGACGUGACUCAGUCGAUGCCUUUUAAAUUCUGAUAAAUAUCAGCUUUCACUAUAGCUGGCCUCGCAUAAGAGGCUCUUUGCUCAGGAGAAAUCUACAGUGUUUAUUGUUAUGAUUGCUUCGUGGUACACUGCUAAACCAUAGAAGCGCCAGUUACAGUACUUCAACAUUAUCAUCCCCAAAAUCUUUCCAGCGCCUUUACUUUAAGAAUGAAAUGCAAAACUGAUGAUAACUAUUGUCCCAUUGUUUCAUAAGUGCAGGUGUAUGUUUUGUAUUGCGAUUGUUAUAAUUCUAGUUCGCUCUUUCAAUUAGUCCUAAAUAAUUGUCAUAAUUUUUCAUGUGCUGUGUAUAGAAUUCUAUCAUGCUCUGUGUCACUGACACAGCAAGGACAAAGGGGCUUAAUCUACCUCUUAGCUAAUGACAUCAUAGGGGGAGGGGAGUUAUGUAUUCAUGUGGUUUAGAAUAAAUUUGUGUAAAUAGAACUAAGAGUUGAUUAAGUCCCUUUGUUCUGUUUUUACUCUUGUAUAUUGUCUUGGAUGGACCUAAAUGAAUAAUAUCGGGCUGGUUCCUGAUGUUCACUUACCCUCUCCGCUUACCUCCCCUCCCUUAAAGUCCUGAUUUUUUUGGCGCAAGGUUGACUACAAAACGGGGACACAGAGCUUUGUGUUAAUACUUCAACAUCACUGUAUUGAGAACUAAUUUAACAACAGAGCCGGACUUAAGUAAUAGGAGGCCCUAUGCAAAGAGAAUAUGGAGGCCCUAGGCGAAAGGAAUAGGGUGGCCCAAAAUGAAAGGAAGAAAAAAAAAAUUCUUCUAGCUAAGAUCUAAACAUUCGUAAAUAAACAUUGAAUCAUGGUAGAGAGUUAGAUCUACACUAGUAGAUCCAUAGAGUUUUGCUAUGUUUGGGAUUUGAUCCAUGUUUCACUCUUUCUUCUCUAAAAAAAAAAAAAACAUUGUUUUUGAGUC